GCCAUGACUAUAGUGGUACCGGUAUCAUUGCGACAUGGCACAAAGAUGAGCUCGACUCGACUCAUCGUAAACCCACCCUGCCAUCGGUACCGGUGUACCAGUACCGGUACACUUGACGUCUCAGGACUGGCGUGGGAAUGGUCGACGGAUUCAGACAGCUCAUCGUGGAAAUGGCUUCCACGCUGCGAUAAAUUGAUGGACAAGGCCGAGCGAAGCUCAUCAUGAGCUCAUUCGUCGCCUCAUUCAUUCAUUCACUUCUCUCGCACAUAAAUUCUCGAGUGCACUAGUUGUUACGUCCAAGCUCUUUCGUUACAGUAUUCGUCGAAGCAACAGGACUAUUGCAACCAACAACCAUGACGAUCACGAUGAAAACAAUGCCAACCAACAUGACCUCGAUUCGCAAGAAACGUUCUGCUGUAGAUACCCUUGUGGGAAUUGGUGCAUCCACCUUGGGAUCGCCGUUUCGAACGAAGGGAACAAGGAACUUGAAGAAGCGACUAAGGGCAUUGCCGACCAUGGCACGGUCAGCCACGACAGCCGCCGUUGCGAUGCUACCGACAGUGUCCUCGAAGACGAUGAUGGUUCUACACAAGGGACAGGAGGUGACUCCACGCGAGGAUGAUGAUGAUAACAGCAGUGCCGAACUGGUUUCUCCUCCUCGUGAGCCUUCGAAGCUGGAACUGUUGAUUUCAACUUCGGUUGGCAAGUUUCGCCAGCAACAGGACAAGCAUGAGGACGACUCCUCGUCAGGUGUCGUCAUUGGAGAACUCUUCUCCGAGACGAUGGAGGAUUUGGGUAAGCAUUUUCGACUGCAGUUCAAUGAGCUACUGAUCGAUCAAUGCGAAUCACAGCAGCAGAAUGCCAGCACGAGCUCACACCUCGAUUGCGUCCUCAGUUGUAGCGCCUCCUUGGUCAAGGAACUCGUCGAGGGAACCAAGUUUCUUGUGGAGGAAGCUGCUGAGACUGAAGAAAUGGACGUGCUGCGAUCGAUCCUACGUGUGGCUCAACGACAGCUGGAGAAUUGGCUAGAACAUUUUCUCUUUUUUCACAUUGAUGCGACCACCACACCGUCUGACGCUGCCAAGGUUGCCUCUUGGAUUGGUUGCUAUCUUGCCAUGAUUGACUGCCAAACCAAUGGAAUGCUGUUAAAGUCGCGGCCCUGGGAGCACCAUCUUGGAAACCUUGUGACAAUCUAUUUGGAAAAGGGCGUGUCCACGACCAUGCGGGAGAAUCUCCAGUCGAGUUUGAAGCUUCAGCCACACGACGACGAUGUCUUCGUGAGCCAGCAAGGAGACCUUCGCACCGCGUACAAUGUGGAUAUCGAGUUCAUGUACAACAUGCAGAUUGAUACAGGAUCGUGUCUGCCGCCCCAGUUCUUGGGGGACGUGGUGGCAGCAUGCAACCAGGAGCUACAGACAAGCAUUGGCGAACGUAUGAUGUAUGUCGGCACCAACUGGAAAGACAUGUCGGUGGAACUCUUGUGUGCCAUCAUCAACGAUGUUUCGAGCGUGUGCGAUGCCUGUGAAGAACGCAACUCGACCUACCUUGUCAAUCCAGACCAAAUCCAAGGCGGUGAGGACUUGUGCCGAGAGCUAACUGAGCUCGCCUUGUUUGUUGCCAAGCAGCUCUGCGAACGUAUCAUGCUCGACGUGAACGACACCUUGGCAACGAUCGGUGACGAAGAGUUGUGGAUCAACGAAGGAAGCAUCUCAGCGGUGCAGCGAACGAAUGCGACGCUAGGAGACUACUGCGAGGACCUGGUUCAGUGGAUUCCCCGGUACUUCUUUACCAAGGUGCUGAGGCACUGCUUUGACCUGUCCUUGGAACGAUACGUCGAGGCUUUUUUCUGCAACUCACUUGCCGGCAAAUUGGAAAGUGCCGAGUAUUCAGCGUUGACAUUGCGACGGGAUCACGCGGACUUUGUCAUCUUUUGGAACGACGAGAUCUCGACAAAGUAUCCACGGAUUCUGGAUGGAUCAAGUGCGCAGAACGCGAUCAAUCAGAGGUUGCAUUUGCUGCAAAGCAUUUCCAUCGUCCUGACGCCUUCGCUUGAACCAGAAGAUGUCUUGGAGGAGAUGGAAAGAGUCGUGGUGGAACUAGAAAGCAACGGAGCCCCUGCGCUUCUCCACUUGUUGGGACUAAGAAAGCGACAUUCGGGCAGCGACGCAUUGCGCUGGCAUCAGGCCUUGUCCAAGGUUACCGAUGCAGUCUCGAAGGAAGGAACUCAGCGCAAGGCUUCCCACAACUACAACCUUCCUGAUAUUCGGAACUCCAAGUUCCUUCGUAAUGUUCAGCCGCCAAGACGUCUCGGAGUCAAGCGCUUGCUCAUGAAUCGAGACAAUGACAACCAAGUAGACAUCAGUACAUCAGUUCAACUGGUUAAGCGACGCAACCUGCAACGGGUGGUGCGGCACGGAAAAGAGAGGAUUCAAGGGGUUCGAAAGUACCUCAGGAGCGAUGAGCUCUAGCUAAAGCUAGCUAGGUCAGGGAGAAAGAAACCACAAAAACCAAAUUGAGGUACUAUUAAUAAUAGCUAGGCAGGAUAACAUUCACAAAAUAGACGACUAAAUCAAAAACUCAAAUAUUUU